UCGGCACGUAAAUGCCAGUGAUGAAUAUUUCAUUUAUGCAGAAACCGUGGCGAAAACCAAAAACAAUUUAUAACCUCACUUGAUAACGUCAUUACUUAUUUAUCAUGCCACCACGGACCUUUAUUGAAUUUUCUGUGUGUUACAUAACAUCAAAUAGUGUUCCCUUCUUGUGCCAAGUGCGAUGAACGAAGUAUAAACUGCUUCACGGAGCAGCUGCGGUGAUUGGUCCAGCGAUUCGUAGCGCACACUUUGGUGAUAGACCAUAACAAAAAUAACGUGACAGGCUAUGAUAUAACCGAGGUGCAAUGGACUGGAUAGCAUUAUUUUAAUAAUGGCAACGUGUAGCUUUUGGAGAAUUAAGAACAUAUCGAAAGCACUUCGUAGUUCUCCGUACUUGUUUCAAGAAGGCAAGUUUAAUGUUCGAUCAAACAGCUCAUAUAGUUCAUCGAGUGGAGCAAAGCCCGGGAUGAGUGUGACAAGAUUAGGAUUAAUUAGCGUGGGGCUUGGGGCAUUAGUUGGUACGGGAUAUUCGUUCCAUAAAAUGUACGAGGCGCGUGUACCAAUUUUAAACAAGGGAACUGGUGCAGAAUCUUUCGUGUUGAAGUCACUUCCCGAUGUAGCGACUUCACGUUCGGUUGUAAGUCCGACGGACAACACAGGAUUAAAACUGAAACUGUUUCAGUACCCGACUUGCCCAUUUUGUUGCAAGGUUCGUGCCUUUCUUGAUUACCAUGGGUUUUCAUAUGACGUCGUUGAGGUAGACCCAGUUUUGCGACAGGAAAUAAAGUGGUCUCAUUAUAAAAAGGUUCCAAUACUCCUAGCCCAAGUUGAAGAUGGAUACCAGCUGAAUGACAGUUCAAUGAUUAUUUCGGCACUUAUGUCGUACCUUUAUGAAAGAGACCAGACUUUACAAGAUGUCGUCAAAUUUUAUCCCAGUAUUGAGUACAAAGAUGAUAAUGGAACUGUCAAAAAGGAGAUAAUGAAUCGCUAUUUUUUGAUGUUUCAUGGAAAUAUCCCUAAAGAUAGGACGAAGGAAGAUAUCUUGCUUGAAAGGAAAUGGAGAAAAUGGGUUGAUGAUGUGUUAGUUCAUACCUUAUCACCUAAUGUGUACCGAACAAGAGCAGAAGCUUUCCAAGCAUUCAACUGGUUUUCAGAGGUUGGCGAGUGGGACAAACUGUUUCCAGCAUGGGAAAGGUUUAUCAUGGUGUAUGUUGGUGCCGUUGCAAUGUGGAUUAUUGGCAAGAGAUUGAAGAGAAGGCAUAACCUGAAAGACGAUGUUCGGCAGUCUCUCUAUGAUGAAUGCAAUUUUUGGAUAAAAACCAUAAAGAAACAAGGGACACCAUUUCUGGGAGGAAGCAGACCUAACUUAGCUGAUUUGGCUGUGUAUGGUGCUCUGACUAGUAUAGAAGGUUGUAAUGCUUUUGCGGACCUUCUCGCAAACACGAAGAUAGGACCGUGGUACAGUGCAAUGAAAGAAUCAGUUCAGAAUCAUGCAGGAAGUGUGGCAAUGAGCAGUUGAUGAUUACCUUACUGACUGCCAUUAGUGACAUUUUGAGAUUACAUGUGCGAAACAUUUCUGGUCAUUGUGGGAAAUAGUCAUUGUUAUAUGCAGCCAUGCAUUAAUAAAUGCAGAGUUACUACCAAUGAGUCUGUUUUGUCGAGGAUAUGUUAACAUGCAUCAGAUAUGGUUGUAACCCAGUGUCACAAUUAUUUGGAAAGUUUAUGAUUUAUAUUUUAUUGCCUGGUAAAAUAAUCAAUAUUAAAAUGAGCUUUGUUCCUAUUUUAAGUUCCUGUUUAUGUGAUUUAGUGAAGCAAACUUCUUCAGGAAUAAUAUUUAUGACGAUUGCUUGCUAAUGUACAAAGAACAAUAACAAUUAUGAAGAACA